AUGAUUUACAAGUAUUUCAUUUUUUACAACGGUCGAAUAAAUUGGCAUUCGUGCGUUAACAUUGAAGACUGCCAAGUUAGGUACAGCGACCUCAUUAGUUUUUUUCUCGAAAAACUUCAAGAACAACAAAAUGAAGUCGAAACUAUUGAGAAUUUAAACGUGUUCAUUGUCAAAAAUCUCGAAAAUGAGAAAGUUUCGAAUCUAUCAGAUAACAUUCCUUUUGAUACAAGUGGAAUUACAGAGUUAUUUUUGACAAGCAAAAGCAUUCAGACAAAAAUCAAAAAGUCAUCAUCAAUCCAACAAUAUCCAUCUAAAAUAAUCGAAGAAGGUAAAUCAUUUGCUGAAAAAUCGGAUUACAGAACUGCUCUAGAAUUUUUCAGUUCAGUCGACGCUUUUGGCUCUUUAGAAACAAUCAAAGUCUUAUACAAAUUAGAAAGAUGGUCUCAAUUAGAACAGCAUGUUCCUCGAUUACUCGCAAUUUACGCAGGAAAUCCCGAAGUCUAUCAAAUCUACGGAGCAUACUGUGAAUAUUAUAAUUACCCAUUAAAGGCAUUGCAUCAGUAUCGUCGUGCUCUAAGUUUUGGAGAAAAUCCUGAUAUAGAAGCAGCAAUUGCCCGAAUACACUUAGCUAUAGGGGAUGUAACGCAAGCAAGAUUAACUAUUACCAAUGUUCUUGAGACUUAUGACUAUAAUCCCAAUGUUAUAGCGGCUGCAGUUCGAAUUGCCAUAAAAUUAGAAAAUUUUGAAACAGCAAUUCGUCUUUCACUCCGUCAUCCCAAAUGCUACAAGUUACUAGCAGAAAUUUGUGACAUUCCCACUGGUCUAAGUGUUUUUUACGAACAAAUAAAAAUUUGUAAUCGCUAUCCAAAGGGAUUAUCCACAAUUGCUCUUGUUCUUUACAAUCAUGGAUGUCCAGAUGCUGCAAUUAAUAUAUUACAUAACUACUUUGUCGAUGUAGAUCGUGAAUUAAUAGUUUCAGCAACACUUCUUUGGAUUCUCCUCCAAGAAAGAAGAUAUUCUAACUUUGCUGAAUACGCUCAGCUGUUCCUUUCUCUUCAUCCGCUUGAAGCUUUUGCUCAUAUUCAAGCAACCGAACUAGAAAUGAUGCUUAGAGCCUCAAAGAAUGAUCGUAGUCAUAGUUACUACAGGAGGAUGCAAACUUCACAGCCGGAAGUCCCCCACGAACAAACUUAUUUGGCUGCCAUCUUAUUAAUCUAUUUUAACUUGAACAGGUAUCUCUCUGAGUCACGUGCUGUCUAUAAUUUGGCAUAUUGUCUUAUAGAAAAGCUCAAAAAUGACAAGGAUUACUAUGAUGUUUAUCUUGUAGCGUCAAAAAUCAUUAAUGGGCCAAUAGAUAUCCCAGAAGACUCAAAGACUCCAAUAAUAGUACCUUUAAUUGGUGACGAAUUCUCACUUUUGUGCGGAAAAGAAGCAGUAAUUGUUUCAUCUAAUCAUUAUUACUUCACGCCGUGCCCGAUACCCCGAAUAUCGUUAUGUAAGCUCUUUAAUUGUAAGAAUACUACACUGAGAAAGCGAUUCUUUAGUGCUCUUAACGAAUUUUCUGAUAAGAAUUAUAUUAUUAUCAUGAUUGGUACAAAUGACUGUGAAACUGACCUUCCUAAGUUAUUUAGAAAGGGAGAAUUCUCGUCAUUUUCAGAAGCGGCGACAAAUCUCAUCGAAUUAAUCUACGAACUCCUUGUGAAGUAUAAAGAGCAGCAUCCUAAUAUAUCUAUCUUUGUUCACCCUGUUAUUCCGAGGUCUUUCAUAAUGAAACCACUUUGCGACACAUUUAAUAAUAUAUUAAUGGCAAGUUGUCCAAAACCAAUUGUCUUCCUUAGCAGUUUAAAGGAUUUAUUUGCUGAAAAUAGCCUAAAUUCGCUAAAAGACGUUGAAAAAUACCAAAGGAUUUUCAGGCAGGCAUUUCAAAAGAAUUUGCCUGCACAGUAA